AUGCAAGCAUCAUCACAAAGGUAAAAAGAGGAGAUGAAAGUAAUCCAGAAAAGAAUCGAUUGGAGACGUUGGUGAAAGUUUAACCGAAAUACCAGAAAGGUCCCCAAUCGUCAGCUGUUACCACAGACAUUACCGUUUAUUGGAGAACACAGAGUAGGUGUCACUAGCCAUAAUAUUGAUUUUCUUUCGCCACAUCGAGAACCUAGAACUUGUGUACUUAAGAAAAUCGUACACCUCUUCAACGAUUAUUGGAAAAUCUUCUUACAUCAAUGGAGAAAUUUGAUCAACGAUUCCUUGUUUGGACAGUUACAGAUAGCAUUGCACCCGGAUACCCUCAGAUCAUUACCAAUUCUAUGGAUUUCAGUUCACCAUAAAGCUGAAAGUAAAUGAUAAUAGCUAUCAAAAUUUAAAUCAAUUUAUAGAAAAAUCCAAAUUAAUGUGUGAUAUAGCCACAACGUACAAUAAUCCAGAUACCAUUUCUUAG